CUCAAUUCCCGUCGUUGUGCACAGCGACAAGAUUCCGGCAGCAGCCUGCGAGUCAGCACAAUGCACUCGUCAUUCUUCGUCGUGGUUCUUCUCGCCCUCGUGAGCCAAGACUCUCAAGCUGUGAAGAUCACACACGGUGUCGGGGCUGACACAGGUGCGAGGACAUGCACACGUGCAGGGGCACAUGGAUGGGCUUUGCAGGCGCUCGAGGCAUCAUCGAUUUGAUCCAAAACCCAGACUACCGUCGCUUCGCGGCACAAAACGUCUCCGAUUUCUUCUCGGAGAAGGCAGAGGCAAUCUCCGAUUUCGUCGGAACCAAGCUUAAGCUGUCGGCCUGCACUGUGAUUUUCGAGCCGGAGGACGUCACUGGAAUGCUUCCCGAAGGCGCCACAGAGAAGCAUCUCUUUCGGAUGGAAGGCAAGCGCUACAGCCACUUGCCGUUCAAGAGCUGCCCUGCCCCUCACAUCUGCGUGGUGACCCACGUCCGUCUGAAUUUCCAAGGGAGCUUCCCCACACAGACGGACGGUGACGUACGUUACGCACGUCCUCACGCACAUACAAACACAUCGCCCUUUAAUUUGGCCACUUUUAGGGCACCUGCGUCACCUACAAGAAGGGAGAGACGCUCAAGAACUGUCAUAGCUUCGGAAAGCAGUCGGUUGGUGAGCCUGGAGAGCGCUCGUUCAUGUCCUACUGCACCCAGAAAGACAUGGUGAGCACAUCGAGAAACGUGGCUCCAUUCAUACGUACCUGAAGCUGCCUGUUCCGUCGGGUUGUUAUUGAAGGAUGUCGUGGCGACUUGGGAUGGUGGCGAUAGCAUUUCCAAGGCCGUCUUCUGUGGAUACGACGUUGGUCCGAAAGAUUACCAGAGCAAGCAACACAGCCAGCUUGCUGACGCCUGUGCGCACCCUUGUCCCGUGCGUCUGUGCCCCAGAAUACCGCUGCUUCUAAUCUUCGCAGUUGAGACAUGCAACAGAUGCGUUGAGAGACAUUAAUCAACCGACACCAAUGUGCAUGUCGUCCGUCUCACGAGUCGUCAUACACGCACUGAGACC